AGCGAAGUGUAAAUAAAGCCAGUAGCCACACUUGUAACUGUCUCGUAGAGCGCUUUGUGUGCUUUGCCAGCUCAAAGUUUUUAUUUACAAUGGCAUAUACUGACAUAUAUGUAGGAGCGACAUUUUAUUCUUUUAAGAAAUUUGACAGAGCAUUUAAAGAUUACUGUGCGCAUACACACCAACGAUUUGUCAUAGGAGGCAGCUCUAAAGUCAGAACCUUGAACAACCGCUUGAAACGGUUAAAUGAGGUCGAACAGAAGCCACUCUACCCUGAACAUUUGCUGUACAGUUAUGUUAUGUACCGAUGUAUUCGACAAGGUGUGCUCAAAUCAACCUCGAAAGGUUUAAGGAAAAGAACCUCUUACAGGAGUGGAUGUGAAGCACAUAUGUACUUAAAGGGAGACCGUUUCAAAGGAUGUCUUGAGAUUCUACGACUGGUAACUGAACACAAUCAUCCAAUAGGACCUGAUGUUUCAUAUAAAAAGUCCCCGAGAAUUAGAGAGCUGCAACGCAAUGGGUCUUCAAAGAAAAAGCUCAAUUCAAUCUUGGACCCGGUCCCAGAUUUGCAAAGUAAUAAAUCAGUUGGGAACAGCAUUGGCGUAAGUGAACUGCAGGCUACAGUAAAAGAAAUAAUCCCUCCACUAACCAGCAAUCUCUUCAAGGGACAGGCUGGAUGUAUAGGCAUCAUUGGAGGUUGUCAAGAAUAUACUGGAGCUCCAUACUUUGCUGCUAUCUCAGCACUGAAAGUGGGUGCAGAUGUGUCACAUGUCUUCUGUACAAAAGAUGCAGGAAUCAUCAUCAAAUGUUAUAGUCCAGAUCUCAUUGUUCUCCCUAUAUUAGACCAUUCUACAGCUUUGACAGAGUUUGAAAAAUGGUUACCAAAACUACAUACUCUUGUUGUUGGUCCUGGCCUGGGACGAGACCAGCAAGUCCUUGAGACAGUUACCUCGGUGAUUCUUAAAGCCAAGUCAAGGGGAAUACCACUGGUAAUAGACGCAGAUGGCUUGUUUCUUAUAACGGAGACCCCAGAGUUGAUUACAAACUAUCAGAAUACACUGCUUACCCCAAAUAUCAUAGAAUUCCAGACACUUUUUGAGAAGAUGGUAGGGGACAGACCAUGUCAGACUGAUGAGCCAUCUAAUGUGAAACUGCUUGCACAAUGUCUAGGAAAUGUCACCAUUCUUCGAAAAGGCAGUGAUGAUAUUAUCUCUGAUGGAAGUACAGUCAUCAUGUGUAGCACAGAUGGGAGUCCUCGGCGAUGUGGGGGUCAAGGUGAUGUGUUGUCAGGAGUUGCUGGUGUUUUCUUUAACUGGGCUCUUAGUUAUCAUAACUCCAAAACAAAACUCAUCCAGCAAAGGCCAGAUGCUAUUCUUGGGCCUGGUGUCCUUGCUGCUUUCAUGGCAUGCCGACUGACAAGAGAAUGCAGCAGGCUUGCUUUCGCUGUGCAUGGUCGAUCAAUGACUGCCACGGACAUGCUGGUCAACAUCCAUGCUGCAUUUGAGGGGAUGUUCUUGAACUAAUGUUUUUGUAAAAUUAACUCAUUCGGUAUUGUUUUUGACAUUGGUGUGUGCAUGGGCAGUAAGUUCGGCUAUUCUAGUAAUUUUAUGAGUCAACGUUUUGUUAGAUGGAGGAAAAAGGUGUGAGUGAAGGAUUAGUUCAUCUGUAUGAAUAUAUUUUUAAUAAUCUUUAUAUUAUUGCAAUGUUGCAAUUUUUUAUCUUCUUAAAUAUGAACGCGAUAAAUGGAAACAUUUUAAAAAAGUGUUAUGCAUCCUAUAAAGACACUCUACCGGUCUUAAUUUUAGCCAAAAUAUAAAUAUGUAUACUUUAGUUGAUUAUAGUUAAUACAUAUCAUAAAACGUUUCAGACAAAAGAUGAAUUGUAUAAAUUUGUCUUCAGCUGUUGCCAAGAUUUAUGUGUCAAUAAAUUAUCUUUUAUAAAA